AAUGGUAUUGUAAUGAGUGUAAAACUGUAAAUUUAAUGGAAUCGAAGCAUAAAAUGCCUGAUUAUUCAAGCACAGAUUACAUUGACAAUCAAAUUUUUAAUAAAAAUAAAAAAGAAUUGAAAAGUGAUAAAAAAAGUAAGAAACGGGAUGCUUUGGAUUCUGACGACGAAGACAGCCAAUAUGUAAGGAAAUCUUCAAAGAAAACGAAAUCGAACCGUUUUCCUUAUUGCUUAAAUCUUUAUGAAUUCACUUUUAUUAAAGAAAUUAUGAGGAAUUCAGUCAAUCAUAUUUGGGAAGCAACUGGAGGACAGGUUGGCACUAUUACCUUCAAUAAACUAUUGUAUUUAGCGACCAUUUCCUUGGAUAAUGUCAAUAUUACUGUGCAAG